AUGGCGACCCAGUAUGAAGUCGAGCACAGUAUCAAGGAGGCAACCCCUCCCAGGCGCCGGAGACAGAUCGACAUGUCCUCGUUCAACUCGCAGCUGCACCAGCUAACCGACGACCCCUCCUCGCCCGACGCGCAACGGCACAACCCCCACGCCGUCCCGACGCCGGUCGACCUCGCCGGCCUGUUCCGCCUGGUGCAGGACCAGCUCAGCACACUGGCGCAGGAUGCGCCUGAUGCCACAAACCGCGACUUCCUGCAGUCGCUCUUCGACGGGCUGGAGGGCGACAUCCUCAACCCGCCCAGGGAGGUGGCGGGCGUGUCGCAGGAGUUCCUGGACGCGCUGGACCGGGUGCCGAAGAAGACGCUGAAGCCGGACGACUCGUGCCCCAUCUGCGCAGAGAAGUUCCUCGACGACAAGUAUCCGCUGGUCGUGGAGCUGCAGUGCCACCACAGCCACCGGUUCGACAUGGACUGCGUCGGGCCCUGGCUGCAGCUCAAGGGGACGUGCCCCAUGUGCAGGACAGACCUGACGAAGUACGACCCGCGGAGGAAGGACACGUCGGACAGGAUCAAGAAGAUGUGGGAGAAGGAGGGCAAGCCGGCUGAGGAAGACGACGAAGAGGACGACGACCCGCACGGAUUGUAUAACUAG